CCCGUCUCUUGGAACUGCCGCGGCCGCCACCGCCGCCGUCGCCGCAGCUGUGGGGACCGGCGCGGGUGCGCAGGCGAAAGGCGCUCUUUCUCCGCUGAAAGUUCCCUCGGAAAAGCUACCAUCUUCCCAGCCCACCAUGGCGGAGGAAAUUGAUUUCACUACCGGAGAUGCUGGGGCUUCCAGCACUUACCCUAUGCAGUGCUCGGCCCUGCGCAAAAACGGCUUCGUGGUGCUCAAAGGACGACCAUGCAAAAUAGUCGAUAUGUCAACUUCCAAAACUGGAAAGCACGGUCAUGCCAAGGUUCACCUUGUUGGAAUUGAUAUUUUCACGGGCAAAAAGUAUGAAGAUAUUUGCCCUUCUACUCACAACAUGGAUGUUCCAAAUAUUAAGAGAAAUGAUUAUCAACUGAUAUGCAUUCAGGAUGGUUACCUUUCCCUGCUGACAGAAACUGGUGAAGUUCGUGAGGAUCUUAAGUUGCCAGAAGGUGAACUAGGCAAAGAGAUAGAAGGAAAAUACAAUGCAGGUGAAGACGUACAGGUGUCUGUAAUGUGUGCGAUGAGUGAAGAAUAUGCUGUAGCCAUAAAGCCCUGCAAAUAAAUGGAAUCACCAGGCAUGAGCAGACUGUUUAGGUCUGGAUCAACUGCAGAUCUAAAGUUUGGUUCUCAGUUGUCACCAAAGCUAUGGCCUUCAUAAGCAACCUCAUUUCUUUUUGUUUUGAAAUUGUGCUGCGUUAGUUUUGCAGGGAAUUGGCAAUUUAAAAAAAUAAUUAAGAUGUAUAAUUCCGUUUUUUAAUUUUGUAGGUGUGUUUCCUGUAACAUUCCUGUGGUUUUCAGUAUGUGAGUCCAAGAAAAAGACAAGGUAGCUUUAGCAGAUGUGCUUUAUCUGAGCAAAUCGUUCCUGAAUUUUAGUUAAAUGAUAAACCAGGGUUUUAAAUAAUGUAGCAUCUAGUGGUAUUGAAGUACCACAUGUAAGUUGAAUUGUUCUGUAUUAAUUUCAGACUUAAUAUCAGAGAAUAAAUAGAUUUAUGGAUAGGAAUUGUCACAUUUUCAGUCUGUGUGUGGCAAGCACAAAUCUUUAAGAUAAACAAAAAAUCAUGUUAUCAAAAAUUGUCAGUUACCUUGGUGGCCAUGUGCAACCACCUGUAUUAUCUUGGUUGUUCUAUUUGCCAAAUUGUUGGCAGACUUAAUAUAACCUUAUAUGGUUUUAGUACCUGCUUGUGGUUGAUAGCAUUGCACUGUUGGGUGAAUAUUCUUAAGUUCAAUUGUGUAAAAGACACAAGGGACAGUGGCAAAGAGGAUUGGUUAAAGCUAUAUGUUUUUAUUCGAGGCCUUUUUGUAAUCAACAUGAAAAAUAGGAAGUUGCCUUUUGUGUGUGCGUUUAACUUUUGUUUUCCAUUUCUUGGUGUCAUUCUCUCGUUCUCUCUAUACGUAGAGGAGUAACCUGCUUUACAGGACACUAUGCAGUGCUUUUUUCCAACCACAUUGAAUAAGUGUUAGUAUUUAUCAGCAAUCACUCCUUUCUAACCAUUUGUAAGUAGAUUAUUUUGAUGUUAAAAUAUUUUGUCAGACAAAAACUGGAAAUUCUUAUUUUAAAUUGAUUUGGAAGGUUUGUUAAAUUUAUGUAUGUUUUUUUCUAAAAUGAAAGUAAAUCAUGGAAGAAAUGUUACUCUAUGUUAUAAUUAUUUAUUUUAAGAACUAUAUACAUUUUUUUGAUUGUCACGUGACUUAAUUCAGUUACUGGUAUGAAACAUAACUAGGGAAAAAUUCUAUAAACCUAAUUAUUUUAAAAGGUGUUUUCAGUGAUACCUGCAUUUCUCUUUUGUCUUUUGGAUCAUAUAUAUUUUAUUGCCAAAUCUAGACAUUGUAACAGUGUUUGUGAGGACCUUAGACCCAAUAACAAUCAUUAUAUGGGAGUCAAAUGUAGAACAAAAUCAUUAUUUCAGUAAUACCUUGAUUCUCUUAAGACUUGUUGUGAGACUUCUCCCAACAUGCCUUGACCUCUAAAUGGCCUUUGUUCCCGUCAUCUAGAGGAAAAUAUAUAUGCUGCUGUAACUGAUCUGAUCAGUGACUGGAAAUAGCAUUAGGAGCAGAAGAUCCCAUGGUUUUAGUUGCUUAAUUUGUCCAUGCUUUAAAAUCUUGUAUUCGCCUCAUCAAAACCAUUUGGGGAAGAAGCGAGAUACUUUUAAUUAAGACAGUACAAGGAGAGAGGAGGAGAAUUGAAGAGCACAAGAAAUAUUGUGGUUGUAGUUAAUCGUUUUUAGUGUAAAAUUUUAUUUAGCUUUUGCCCAUCUAAAGCACAAUUAGGAAUUAGGCUGAAUUCUUCCAGUAUUCUAUUUAAAUAUCUACUACAUACUGCUCUAGUUUUUGUUACUCUGCAAUGCAUAUCUUAGCUGCUACUGGUUGACAUUGUUACCCACAGGAAUUCUAGAAAGUUACCAGUCUGUGCUGCUUGCUGGCCAUUCAUAUGGCUCUAGUUAACCAUUACUAGUGUUCUGGCUUAAUAUUUAUUACGGAUUAGCAUGCCCUUGUUCUUCCUAACUUGUCAAACUUCACAUAAAUAUAUGUUCAGUUGCAGUGUAAGGGUGUACAGAUGAUAGCAGUGCAUCUCUGUCUUCAUACCUUGAAUGGCAAAAGCUAUGCAUAAAUAUUUCAUUUUGUGUACUAUAUUAAAUGUAGAUACUCUUGUGAUGUAUAAUAAUAAGUAUAGAUUUUAAAGAUAUAGGACUGUUUAUUUUCACAUAAGUCAGUGAAUGUUUCUCUAGAACAAAAUAUUUCAUUUAGUAAAGCUUUACAAAUUGUAUUAAAAGGAAGCAGGAAACAUUUUUUAACAUAGAACAGAAGUGACUUCAUUCUUUUUUGGCAUCAGAGAAAUGUUAAAAGUUGAUCUUCAGUAUUUGUUAUACUUUUUUGUAGUAAAUGCUAAAUAUCUCUAGUUACCAUGUAUAGAAUGUAGAGUGUCAUGCUGAUAGAUUAUACAGUGAUGCACCACUUUUGUCUGCAGGCAUUUCAGCAGUUUAUGUACAGCAUUAUAUUAAUAGGUUAAAUGUUUUGUUUCUUUCUGGAACAACAUUUUAUUGCUACUGUGACAGACUGUUGUAUCUUAUUUGCUACAAAUUUGUAUACCCUCUGAAAUAGAUCAAAUCAUUUGCUACUUUGACUUAGCAUUUGCAUCAUAAGCAUAAUUAUGAUGUUUCUUUCAUACUCCCCUCCAAGGGCUGCCAGUCACUUAAGAAAAUGUUGCUAAUGAAGCUCUUGACUCUGUUUCCAAAUAUGGUACACGCUUCUGUACCAAUGCUUUAUAUUACUUACCAAACCUUCCUGCAGCUGGAGCAUGCUAUCUGCAAUAGGAGAUGCUGCAGUAAAAUGCCUAGUCUGUACAGUCUGGGGACACAGAUUUUCAUUAUAGCACAAUAUGAGCGUGUGCACGUGCACACAGAGCUUUGUGUGCGUGUUCUUUUUUCAAAGUCCUUCCAACUCUUAAAAGUACUGUAGUCUGGUAGUGCCUGAAAAUGUUGGUAACUGUUUUGUUUUGUUUUUCUUUACAACUUUUCCAGAAUUUGUUUUUGUACUUUAAGGCUUCUCAAUUAGGUAUUUCUAGUUGAGCUGUAAUCUGAAUGCAUUGUUCUCAGGGUUGUUUGUGCUAAGAGCUGAAGUUUCAUUAUUUUAAAGCUAACUGCCUGAAAGUAUAUUGCAGAAUUUUCCCAGAUUGUAAUACAGUGAUACGUACAAAUAAAAAAUCCUUAAUAUUAGCAUACUUAAAUACACACUAAGUAUUCUAGGGGAAAAAAAUGGAAACAUUAGUAACACCUGUUCUGGAAUCUUGCCAUAUUUUUUCACUUUAAAAUAGAACUUGAUAGUCUUAUCUUGAAACCCUAACCUUAGUGAUAUACCUGAAAGCAUUCCUUUGACAUGGACCCCAAAGAUAGUUUUAGAGCCAGACAUUAAUGUAGUGUGGUUCUCAAACAUACUUAGGGACAACAAAUAGAAAAUUCAUAAUGCCCUUUUCGGCACAUUAAAAUGUUUACAUAUUCUAUAAUAUGAACUAGGAACACAUUUACUAUGAGAAAAUGUGACUCUUAAGCAGUUUAAGAGCAAAACUGGGCAUAUUUCCAUUACAGAACAAGUUAUUGAACUAAGCGUGAUCAACAGUUUCAGAUUUUCUAAUAUUAUUUAGGUAUACUAUUUCGUCAUUUUCAAGCCUUUUUUUUCUGCUAGCAAUCCAACAAGUAAUAGGCAACAAAGGCUUAAGACAAAUUUAUGGUGGAAAAUCUUAAAAUUGAGAGAAUUGAAUCUAUGAAGUUUAAUCUAUUACCUUUUUUUCUCUGAAUUGGUUAUAUGGCAUCAUUAUUUGAUUUUAGCAGGGAACAUUUGGAUUUAGUUUACGGAACACAGAUGUUCCAUGGGAACAUGACUUGAAGUCACUAUAUAAUUUAAUGUUUUCCAUUAGAAAAAAAAUCUGAACAUCAACUUUACUACCAAGGGGGUGGUCAAGUGCCUGAAAAGUGCUGUAUACAUCUAAUGAGCACGUUUUCCUUGUGCGAAAACACAUAGCAAGGCAUUUCAGGCUUUCACCUGCUAGAAACGUACUUGCUGCCAAACGUUGCUAUCCAUCACUAUCCUCCACCCCUUCCUUAGAACAGGUAGAAACCUACUUUAAUAGUUUUUUUUUUUUUUUUUCCUUUUUAAAUAUAAAGUCCUUAUAACUGUUUCUCAGUAUUGGUAGCUUUAGGUUUAUCUUAGUUCAAGAUUGUACUUUUUAAAUACUCUGAACACUAUAUUUAGUGAUGACUGUACCAUUUGUCAUAAGUCACAGUUGUGAUCUUUCUUGAGAGGAAUUCUUUACUGUGGUUAAUGUCUACUAUCAAUAAGCACUCUUGUGCUUGUUACAAAGUAUAUGCAAGUAUUAGUUCUAUACAAUUAUAAUGAAAAUGACUAGUUCAAUACUGUUAAUGUACUUUUGAAAUAAAACGUGUCCUCCUCCCCCAAAAAA